CCAAGCACUUGGUGACAAAGGUUGGGGGCAGACAUCACACCACAGCGCUCUGCUUCCCAUCCAGGGACGGUUUCGGCCCCCGGGGACGCGGCACGGUGGCUCCCGGGUCCCCCUCGUCCCCCACAGCGGUGCCGGUGCCUGGGUUCGGGGGGUGCGUGGGGACAUGGGGACACCGCAGCUCCGCCUCCUCGUCCUUGUAGGGCUCUUCGGCCUCGCUGCCCUGGAAGACCUGGUGAACCAAGUGUUCGUGUUCCCGUGGGAGACCAAGGACUCCUACGUGGUGCUGCGGGCGAAGCUGGAGCAGCCGCUGCUCAACUUCACCGUGUGCCUGCGCUCCUACACGGACCUCACGCGGCCCCACAGCCUCUUCUCCUACGCCACCGAGACGCAGGACGACGAGAUCCUCCUCUUCAAGCCCAAGCCCACCGAGUACCGCUUCCACGUGGGGGGCAAGUCCGUCACCUUCCGCGUCCCCGAGAGCUUUUUGGGGAGCGAGCACGUCUGCGCCAGCUGGGAGUCCCCCACCGGCAUCGUGCGCUUCUGGCUCAACGGGAAGCCCUGGCCCCGCAAGGGGCUGCAGAAGGACUACGUGGUGGGCGCCGAGGCCGUGAUCCUGCUGGGGCAGGAGCAGGACGCCUUCGGGGGGGGCUUCAAAGCCCGUCACUCCUUCGUGGGGGAGAUCUCGGAUGUCUACAUGUGGGACAGGGAGCUGACCACCGGGGAGGUGGGGGCCGCCAUGUACAACAGCCCCUUGCCCGCCCCCAUCUUCGGCUGGAGGAAUUUGCCCUACAAGAUCCACGGCAAGGUGUACCUCAAGGGGUGACCCCAGGGCCAGCCCUGCCCUGCCCCGAGCGGGCUGCGAUUGCCACCGGGGUCGUGUGUCCCCAUGUCCCCAUGUCCCUAUCCCAAUGUCCCCAUCCCCGUGUCCCCAUCCCCAUAUCCCCAUCCCAAUAUCCCUAUCCCAAUAUCCCCAUCCCAAUAACCCCAUCCCAAUGUCCCCAUCCCCGUCCCAAUGUCCCCAUCCCCAUGUCCCCAUGUCCCCCUCCCCAUCACCACCGUGUAACCGCCCAGCACCAAAUAAAUGAAGAAACGGGGUUGAAAAGCA